AAUUGUCUUCCAUGCUCUCGCAUUUGCUUCUCGCUUCGCUCGCGGCCGGUGCCGCUGCCACGACCAUCCUCCGCACUGGCUGCGGUGACGUCGAUCCUGUUUGGACACCGGUCGACGACAAGAACGUCUACACCUCAGUCUCGUACGACGGCUCCACGCUCUGCGCGAUCGACACCUCCGCCAACUUUGUCUGUACAACGCCGGCGACGACGCCGCUGAGCUGGUUUACAGCCUACAAGAACGUCCAAAGCGGCUUUGUUGGCGGAAAACUGGCUGGCGUUGUCUCGGACGGCAAGCACUACGCCACCUACGCGUUUGGUCCGGACGCAACCUACGCACAGACCGAUUUGCUCGGCCCAGCCGUGACGACUUGGGGUGACAAGGCCAUUAUUGGCUCUACGGCGACAACGGACACUGGGUUUGAUACUAUGUAUGAUACAGCGGACACGAAUGGCUACCUCGAUGGCGACAUGGCCGUCCUUGCGGUGAGCGGCAGAACGCUCUACGGCAUUGACGCAUCCAGUGUCCUUUUCAAGGGCUCGCUUCCAGUGGACGAUUCCAUGACCGCGUCGUGGGUGCCGGUCGCAGGUGCACCGACGCUCAGCGAAGUCUCCGUCGGCGGUGGUCGCGUCUGUGGUGUCACCAAGACCGACAAGACAGUUGUCUGCUCGACCGAUGACGUCAACUGGACGACGCUGCCGGAUGCCAAGUGGGCGCACGUGACGGUCUUUGGCAGCACCGUGUUUGCCACCGACAGCAGCAACCAGCUCAGCUCGUACACGUUCAAGUAG